UGUGGAAAGCAGCAGACCCCAGACACCAUUUUAAUCAAGGUUGAAGAGGAUAUUGGUGGAGGCAUGCCCGCCGUAGACUGCGAUGCUUUUGGAGACAGUAGCACUCAGCGCAACGCCACCUCAGAGAGUCUGGGUGUGGACGCCCCUGGCUCCUCCCACAUGUCCAGUCACUGCAAGGAGCUGAAGAUUCUGAGCAUCUACGGAAAAGGGGAGGGCCCACUGGCGGUGGGCGACCAUGACACCCUCUUCACCGCGUCAGUAUUGGAGGCCCUGAACUCGCUGUCUGCGGACCACAGCGCGGCCAUGAGCCUGGAGCGCGGCGAGCGGCUGGUCUGCCGUGAGGAGCUGAGUGUGCAGCAGACCCCAGACACCAUUUCAAUCAAGGUUGAAGAGGAUAUUGGUGGAGGCAUGCCCGCUGUAGAAGACUGCGAUGCCUUCGGAGACCGUAGCACUCAGUGUGGCGCCACCUCAGAGAUUCUGGGUGUGGACGCCCCUGGCUCCUCCCACAUGUCCAGUCACAGCGAGGAACUGCUGCAGCAGACCCCAGACACCAUUUCAAUCAAGGUUGAAGAGGAUAUUGGUGGAGGCUUCCCCGCCCUAGAAGACGUCAAUGACAUCACAGACUGCAGCACGCAGCGCGGCGCCACCUCGGAGAGUCUGCGUGUGGACGCCCCUGGCUCCUCCCACAUGUCAAGUCACAGCGGGGAGUUGCGCAUCCUGAGCGUUUACGGACAAUGGGAGGGCCCACUGGCGGUGAACGUCCAUAACACCCUUUUUGCCGCGUCAGAACCGGAGGCCUUGAGCUCGCUGUCCGCUGACCACAGCGUGGCCAAGAGCCUGAACUGCAGCGUGCGGCUCGUCCGCCUUGAGGAGCUGACUCGGCAUCAGGGCGGCUGCAAGGGCCGGCCCGGUGUCUUUUGUGGAAAGGUUAUUCCCAACAAGGCCAAUAUGAUCGUCCACAUGAGGACCCACAACGACGAGAAGCCCUACAAAUGUGACCAAUGCACAAAGCGCUUCAGUGAUAGCUAUGCCCUGAAGAUCCACAUGAGAACUCACUCUGGGGAGAAGCCCUACAGGUGUGACCAAUGCAUGAAGUGCUUCAGUCUGAAAGACACCCUGAAUAAACACAUGAGAACUCACUCUGGGGAGAAGCCCUACAGGUGUGACCAAUGCAUGAAGUGCUUCAGUCUGAAAGACACCCUGAAUAAACACAUGAGGAGUCACUCCGGGGAGAAGCCCUACAAGUGUGAGCAAUGCAGUAAGCGCUGCAGUCGGAGAGAUGCCCUAAAUAUCCACAUGAGGACUCACUCCAGCGAGAAGCCCUACAAGUGUGACCAAUGCAUGAAGUGCUUCAGUCUGAAAGACACCCUAAAUAUCCACAUGAGGACUCACUCCGGCGAGAAGCCCUACAAGUGUGACCAAUGCCCAAUGCGCUUCAGUCAGAAUAACAUCCUGAAGAACCACCUGAGGACUCACACCGGCGAGAAGCCCUACAGGUGUGACCAAUGCCCGAAGUGCUUCAGUCUGAAAGGCAGCCUGAAGAUCCACCUGAGGACUCAAUCUGUGGUGAAGCCCUACAAGUGUGACCAAGGUGUGAAACCUGGCAGAGUGAGUAAUAUGGUAUUUGUCUCAACCAAACCAAAGUCGAGACAGUACACAGCUGCUGAUGGUGUGAGGAGCAAGCGCUACAAAGCAGUGCGGGGGGACUUGCCAGACCCAGAUGUCCUGAAGGUCGACGAGGCAUACCAGGACUUCAUGGCAGACCUUGCACCAUUAAUCACCACGCUCUCCAUAAGUCCUGGUGUCCCCCUCGUCAAUUCCACUUUUGGGAGCGUUCAAGAUGGAAGCCCUAUUUCUUAUCAGCACCCUGUGCCAGUGAGUAGGGUCAUCAUCCACCACCCAGACGCACCCUCUCCACCCCCACUGCCGUUACAUGGUCACAGGCUGGACCCAAGCACAUGUUCCUUUGUGUGCACUCACCAACAACAAUGUAAUGCAAUGGCGCUUACUAUCAAUUUCGACAUGGCAAGAUCCAUUGAGAGGGCCACAAGGGAACAGAGUGGUAGCGCAGAAUGGCACAGCCUGAGGAAGAUGAGGCUCACCUCCUCAAGGUUCCGGGAGGUGUGCCAUGUCAGAGGUCACAGCUCUGCUGAGAACCUUGCCGAACGUAUCCGCAAAGGUGGGGUUCAGACAGCUCUGAUGAAGAGGGGGCUUGCACUGGAGCCAGUAGCUAUUCAGGAGUAUGCCCACAUUAAAAACAUCAGCUACUGGCCAUCAGGAUUUGUCAUCCAUCCAGAUGCUCCCUGGCUCGGUUCUUCUCCAGAUGGGGUCGUUUUUGAUCCCACGGAGGCACCACCAUUUGGGCUGGUGGAGGUGAAGUGUCCUAACGUGAAGAGCUACGUGGACUGCGGGUACCUGCGCAUGCAGAAUGGCGCCCUCCGUCUGAAGCCAAGCCACAGCUACUACUGGCAGGUGCAAGGCCAGCUGCUUAUCACAGGGAUGCAGUGUCAUAGCUCUGCGCUGAAGUUCCACAUGAGGACUCACUCCGAGGAGAAGCCCUACAAGUGUGACCGAUGCACGAUGAGCUUCAGUCGUGGCUCCGCCUUGAAGAUCCACAUGAGGACUCACACCGGCCAGAAGCCCUACAGUUGUGACCAAUGUACGAGGCGCUUCAGUCAGAAAGAAUAUGCUCUGAAUGAUGCUGAGAGAAGGGAACUGAUAUUGAAUCUUAAAGAAAUUAAGUUGAAUUAUGAGAAGAAGAAGAAGAAGAAGAAGAAGAAGAAGAAGAAGAAGAAGAAGAAGAAGAAACAAGAAGAAGAAACAGAAGAAGAAGAAGAAUCUCCAAACCAAACAGUAGGUGGCGGUAAUGCUCCAUAUCAUUUUGCAAAUCCGCCAAUAAAUUCAGAAGAAGAAGACGACAACAUGGCUCGAAAACGAGCGAAGCAUGGCAGUUGCUCAGUGUUUGAAUGCUCAAAUGAACACAAAACUGUAUUUUUAGUUCCUUCCUCCGAGCCUCUGAAGAACCAGUGGAUUAAUUUUAUUGUUUCUGGAAAUGCGUCCGUCUGCGCCAAACAUUUCACUGACGACUGCUUCCUCAACUUGGGCCAAUACAGAGCUGGACUUGCUCAACGUCUGAGAAUCAAGUCUGGAUCAGUACCAACUCUCCAUGGCUCAGCUACAAACCUCGAAAAUGCCAGCUCAUCAAGUGCUUACAUUCAGCAGCUUCUCUCAAGGGAUGUUGCCUGCCAGACAGAGCACCUGGAAACGCCUACUGUAGGCACACAGCUAUCCUUAAAGACUUUGCAGCCCCAUUUUAAAAGUGAAGAAGACUGCGAUGCCUUUGGGGAUUGUAGCACGCAGCGCGGCGCCACCUCAGAGAGUCUGGGUGUGGACGCCCCUGGCUCCUUCCACAUGUCCAGUCACAGCGGGGAGCUGAAGAUCCUGAGCGUCUACGGAAAAGGGGAGGGCCCACUGGCGACGGAUGGCCAUGACACCCUCUUCAUCCCGUCAGAAGUGGAGGCCCUGAACUCGCUGUCUGCGGACCACAGCGCGGCCGAGAGCCUGGAGCGCGGCGAGCGGCUGGUCUGCCGCGAGGAGCUGAGUGUGCAGCAGACCCCAGACACCAUUUCAAUCAAGGAUGAAGAGGAUAUUUGUGGAGGCAGUCCUGCUGUAGGAGACGGCAAUGACAUCAGAGGCUGCAGCAAGCAGCGCGGCGCCACCUCGGAGAGUCUGCGUGUGGACGCCCCAGGCUCCUCCCACAUGUCCAGUCACAGCGGGGAGCUGCGGAUCCUGAGCGUCUACGGACAAGGGGAGGGCCCCCUAGCGGUGGACGUCCAUAACACCCUCUUUGCCACGUCAGAACUGGAGGCCUUGAGCUCGCUGUCCGCUGACCACAGCGUGGCCAAGAGCCUGAACUGCAGCGUGCGGCUCGUCCGCCUUGAGGAGCUGACUGGGCAUCAGGGCGGCCGCAAGAACUGGCCCGGUGUCUUGUGUGGAAAGGUUAUUCCCAACAAUGCCAAUAUGAUCGUCCACAUGAGGACUCACUCCGGGGAGAAGCCCUACAGGUGUGACCAUUGCAUGAAGUGCUUCAGUGAGAAAGGCACCCUGAAUAAACACAUGAGGACUCACUCCGGGGAGAAGCCCUACAAGUGUGACCAAUGCACGAAGCGCUUCCGUCGGACAAGCUCCCUGAAGAGCCAUAUGAAGACUCACUCCGGGGAGAAGCCCUACAAGUGUGACCAAUGCACGAAGCGCUUCAGUCGGACAAGCCACCUGAAGAUCCACCUGAGGACUCACUCCGGCGAGAAGCCCUACAAGUGUGACCAAUGCCCGAAGCGCUUCAGUCAGAAUAACAUCCUGAAGAACCACAUGAGGACUCACACCGGGGAGAAGCCCUACAAAUGUGACCAAUGCACGAAGCGCUUCCGUCGGACAAGCUGCCUGAAGAGCCAUAUGAAGACUCACUCCGGUGAGAAGCCCUACAAGUGUGACCAAUGCACGAAGUGCUUCAGUCUGACAAGCAACCUGAAGAUCCACCUGAGGACUCACUCCGGUGAGAAGCCCUACAAGUGUGACCAAUGCACGAAGCGCUUCAGUCAGUCAGGCCACCUGAAGAUCCACAUGAGGACUCACUCCGGGGAGAAGCCCUACGUGUGUCUGCAGUGCAACGCCAGCUACAGCGACCCACGCAGUUUGCGUGUGCACAUGCUCAAGCACACUUUGGCACGGGGUAACGGGACGCUUUGAUUGAGACCUCUGUCUGGUAUUGGUUUAUAUUACUGCUUUUUGUUUUUCUU